UGAGCGACAUGUUGCCGCCGGCGGCGGCGCCGCCGCUCGACGACGAGAACCUACUCACCGAGAUCCUCCUCCGCCUCCCGCCGCUCCCGUCCUCCCUCCCGCGCGCAUCCCUCGUCUGCAAGCGCUGGCGCAGCCUCACCUCCGACCCAGCCUUCGCCCGCCGCUUCCGCCUCCACCACCGCCGAAACCCUCCCCUCCUCGGUUACUUCCACGGAGUUUUUGACGGGCUCCCCUUCGAACCUGUCCGCUUCGAGCCUACUCUGGAGGCCCCCAAUCGCGUUCCGCCCGGGCGCCUCUCCUUGCAGCUUGACUCCAACCUCCGUGUACUCGGGUGCCGCCAUGGCCUCGUGUUAAUCUUGGACUGGCCCCAGCUCCUGGUGUGGGACCCCUUCGCCGGCCACCAGCACCGCCUAGCCUAUCCCCCGGGGUUCGAUCCGGACAAGUCCAACGGGGCGGUGCUCCGCUCUGCUGCCGGUGCCGGCGAGGUUCACUUCCAGUUCCAGGUCGUCGUGUCAGAUUAUUACGAGACCUGUGUUUACUCGUCAGAGACUGGGGCGUGGGGUUCUCUAAUCUCAACCCCAACUCCAUCCGGGAACUCCCCUGACAGUGACACCAGGGUUCGGGAACUCCAAUUAUGGAAGAGGAAGACCGGUUUCGAUGGCGUUGCAUCAUGGGAGAUGGGAAGAACUGUUGAACUGGGCAAGCUUUUCUCUAUGGAUUCACAUGAUUUCUUGACCAUACAAGGGUACGCCCAGGACAAUAAUUUGGUGUUCCUGUGGACCGGUAGGAGCGUCUUCAUGGUCAAGCUUGAGCCAUUUCAGUGCGAGAAACUUUUAGACACCAACAAGUGGGAUCGUUAUUAUCCAUUUGAAACCGUCUAUGCUACAGGUACCUAGAUUUGUAUUCUGGCUGCCGAGAUGCAGGAAUUGGCUUCUUCAAUGUGGGUUCAUCAAUUUUCUAUACCUCACUGUUCAUGUGAAGAUCAAUGGUCUAUGUUGCAUGCAUGGUCAACUAGGAAGUGGAAUCGUAGGAUUGAUCAUUAAUUGCUAACUUCCCUCCAUUAUCUUAUUGCUGGACACAAUUAGCCAACUGGCUUGAUGAAGAUACAGACUUGCUUGGGUUAAUUAGCAUUUGUGGUACAUUUGCUUUAUGCUUUCCAAGCAAGGUUGCCUGCCCAAUGAUCUUGGCUUACUGUCAUGUGCGUGUAUCUGUAUGUGUGUGUUAAUCUUCUCUCUGUUUCCGUUUGAUUAGGUUCCAUGUUGUAUUAGUUUGGGAGAUUUGACGUUGUAUUCCUGCUUAUGUCCAUUUAGUGUG